AUGAGUUGGCAUCAAUUCUGUGGUGAUGAUCUGUGGCACAAUCCAUUUCCGAGUGGUCUUCCGAAUGUGUCCGUUUGCUUUCAACACACCAUACUAGUAUGGAUUCCAGUUGCUUUCUUUUGGCUUCUUCUACCACUAUUACACGCUCAGGCAGCCCGUAUCGGACGACGAUAUGCCAGCCUACCGUGGAGCCCACACCUGAUACUGAAAAUGGGAUGUGUAACAUAUACUCAUUACGUUCGAAAAAAAUCAGGAAUGGUUUCUUCAGGAAUUCUCCAUGUAUCAGCUAUUUUCUUUGCCGUUUGUGGUGGGCCACAGUUCUACCAGAACCUCAGACAAGGGAUUAAUCAAGGCUCCAUUGAACUCAACAGCUCAUUCCUCAGCCGCCUUACUUUAUGGUGGUUUAAUCCGGUCCCCUGGAAAGGCGCCCGUAAAACGCUGGAACCUCAAAAUCUUUUUGAACUGAACGAAGGUAGUAAAGCAGAAUACCUAAGCAACCAAUGGGAAAAGCACUGGAGCCGUAGAAUGGAAGAUUACCGCCUUAGAAAGAAGCUAUACAAGGAGUCUCACGGAAAAGAAAAGGAGCCCAGCUAUCCUUCCGUUGUUGGGUGCCUGUUCCGCAUUUUCCGAUGGGAAUUCCUCACGGCUACAGCUCUCAAAACAAUCAGCGAUACCUUACAGUUUGCUAAUCCAUUUUUCUUACAGUAUGUCUACAGUACUUAA